AUGUCCCUAUUCCAGGGUAUCCCGUUUUUGAGGUGUCCCGUUUUUGGAUGUCCCAUUUUUGGGGUGUACCCCAUUUUUGCUGUGUACCCCAUUUUCGGGGUGUACCCCAUUUUCGGGGUGUGUCCCAUUUUCGGGGUGUACCCCAUUUGUGGAGUGUACCCCAUUUUUGCUGUGUACCCCAUUUUCGGGGUGUACCCCAUUUUCGGGGUGUACCCCAUUUUUGCUGUGUACCCCAUUUUUGGGGUGUACCCCAUUUUCGGGGUGUACCCCAUUUUUGCUGUGUACCCCAUUUUCGGGGGUGUCCCAUUUUCGGGGUGUACCCCAUUUUUGGAGUGUCCCAUUUUUGGGGUGUACCCCAUUUUUGGAGUGUACCCCAUUUUUGCUGACCCCUUCCCCAUUUCCCCCCUCCCCCCUCCUCACCCUCGGGACCCCCUCCCCAAAUAUUUUGCAGCCCCCUACAAACACGCGGACGGGAAGAAAAUCGACGGGCGCCGGGUGCUGGUGGACGUGGAGCGGGGCAGGACCGUCAAGGGCUGGCGGCCCCGGCGCCUGGGGGGAGGUUUGGGGGGCACCCGGCGCGGCGGAGCCGAUGUCAACAUCCGGCACUCGGGCAGGGACGACACGUCCCGCUACGACGAGCGGGACCGGGAGCGGGAGCGGGAGCGGGACCGCCGGGAGCGCUCUCGGGAACGGGAGCGGCGCCGUUCUCGCUCCCGGGAGCGGCGGCGGCGGACGCGGAGCCGCGAGAAGGACGAGAGGGAACGGAAACGGGGCGGGAGCCGCGACCGCAGCAAAGACCGCGACCGGGAGCGCGACCGCAAACGCCGCUCGCGAUCGCGGGACCGAAAACGCGACCGGGAGCGCGACAAGAAGGACGAGGGACCCCCGGAACCGCUGGAAGCCGCCGAGGAGCUGGGAGGGGGCGGCGGAGGAGAACCGGGAGGCGGCGAGGGGAUGGCGGGGGAGGCGGCGGAGAAACGGGAGAGGGAACGGGAGCGGCGCCGCGGGCACCGGGAGAGGGAGAGGAGGCGGGAGCGGGAACGGGAGCGGGAGCGGGAGCACAAACGGGAGCGGGAGCGGCGCGACGAGAGAGCCGCGGCCGGCGGCGGCACCGGGGCGGCCCCGGGAGCCGAGGGCGGCGACGGCGGCACCGGGGCCGGGGAGGCGGAGAUGUUCAUGGGCGGCGAGGGCGGCGCCGGUACCGACGGCUACCUGGGGGCGGAGAACGGCUACCUGCUGGAGCCCGCCAUGGAGUGAGGCGCACCUGGGGAAUAAAAGGGCUUUUAU